UUUUUUUUUGCUAUUUAAGUCACAAUUACGUCUAUCGUCCAUCUCAUCCGCUAUUAGUUUAGAUAAUCUUGAUUCAAAUGUCUCUGGUCGAUCUUAUGCUGAGGAUAAUGAUGAUUUUGUUUUAACCGCUCUCCUAUGUGCUGCCGAAGAUGGUGAUUUAGCUAAUAUUAAAAAAUUAUGUAAUCUCGCUACUAUUGAUCUUAAUAAAGAAAAUAAGCAUGGUGAAACUGCAUUACAUUUUGCUUGUGGUGCUGGUCAUAUAGAUAUUGUUAAAUUAUUGGCCGAUAGAAAGGCUAAUCUAACAGUUGUUGAUGGGUCUGGAAAUAAUGCUAUCUAUUGGGCAGCAAGACAAGGACAUGUACCAAUAAUAACAUUUCUGCAUGAAAAAGGCGUUCCGAUUAAUGUAUCAAAUCGAAAUGGUGAAACCAGUUUACAUGUUGCUGCUCGAUAUGGCCAUGCUCAUGUUGUUGAAAAUUUAUGUAAAUUAGGUAGUAAUGUUGAUUGUCAAGAUGAUGAAGAAGACACACCAUUGAUUCUUGCUGCUUGGCAUGAUUAUUCUCGAAUUUGUCGUAUCUUAUGUGGUGCUGGUGCUGAUCUUAAUAUUCGAAAUAAAGAAGGAGAAACAGGUUUGAUUUGUGCAGCACAACGUGGCAAUGCUGAAAUUGUUCAAAUAUUAACUAAUAAUAAAGCACAUUUAGAUAUUCAAGAUAAAAGAGGUUUAUCAGCAUUACAUUUUGCUUGUAAACGACAACAAAUACCAAUUGGUUUAACAUUAAUUCAUGCUGGUUGUAAUAUAAAUAUAAUGGAUAAUAAUAGUGAAACUCCAUUGCAUUAUGCUAGUCGAGAAGGUCUUUUGCCUGUUGUCGAAGCAUUAACUUCAUUGGGUUGUCGAAUGGAUAUGAAAAAUAAAGCUGAUGCAACUCCAUUACAUCUAGCUGCUCGCCAUGGUCAUAUAGAAAUAGCUCGAUUUCUUUGUUUAGCUGGUUUAAAUUUAAGCAUUCAAGAUAAAUAUGGUCGAACUGCUUGUGUGUUAGCUGAAAUAAAUGGUAAUACAGAAAUAGUUCAAUUACUUAAAUCAUUAAGCAUGGAUAAUCGUGCAGUAUUUAUGGAACAACUUGUACCGACAAAACAACCAUUAAAAAGAAUAAAAUUAAAAAUAUUUGGAAGUUGUGAUUCAGGAAAAACAACUCUUGUUGGUAGUUUAAAAUGCUCGUAUUUGAACAGCUUUUUUCGACGUAAUCGUCUUAGCAGUACGAAAAAAAAUAAUCCAAAUCGAAAAUCAAUAAAUUUUGAUGACCCAGAAAUUACUAAUAUAAAUAGUUCAAAGGGUAUUGGUAUUCAACAAAUAACAUGUACAGGUGGUGGAGAAUAUAGUGCUUGGGAUUUUGCUGGUAUGGAGAUUUAUCAUUCAAUAUAUGAUCAUUUUAUUGGAGAUUUCAAUUGUAUUCAUGUUUUAUUAUUUAAUCUUCUUGAUGAUAUACAACAAUUAGAACAAAAUUUAGUCUAUUGGCUUGAAUUUCUUCGUGUGCGAAUUUCAGUACAAGAACCUUUAGGACAUAAUGGUCGAAGUGCUCAAUUACCUAAAAUAGUUCUUAUUGGUACACAUGCUGAUCUUUUAUAUGAUUGUAUAAAAUCCGAUGAUGGAGAUUAUACAUGUGAACGAAUACAAAUAUUUAUAAAUCAUAUUAAAAAUCGUUAUAUUGAUGAUUUUGAUUUUUAUGAUAAAAUUUUUCUUCUGGACACACGUGCUGCAUGGACACAAUCAAUGAAAAAUCUUAUUUCAUGUUUUAAUCAAUAUAAAGAACGAAUAUGUCAAAAUUUAAAAUCUCCAACAAUUUUUCUUGAUCGUUGUACAUGUCAUAUUCAACAACAAUGGAGAAAAACAUAUGGACAUUUUCCAAUUAUGCCAUGGUCACGUUUUGUUGAAUGUAUUAGACAAGAAGUUAAUCCAUUAGCAAGUGAUGAACAUAUGAGAGAAUUAGUUCAACAAUUACAAAUAAUGGGAGAAAUUCUAUAUUUGGAAGGUGAUCCUCAAGAAGAUUUAAUCUGUUUUGAUCCAAAUUGGCUUUGUCAAACAAUUCUAGGUGGUCUUCUUAGUCAUCAACGAAUUUGUAAACGUCAUUCAUCAUCAAAUGAAACAUUUGCACUUAAUGAUAUACGAAAUUUAUUUCCUGAUAUUUCUGAUCCCAUUGACCUUUUACAAAUAUUUAAUGCUUAUGAUCUUUGUACACAAAUUGAUAUAAAUGGUGAAUAUGAAUUUGAAUUUCCUCAAUUAAAUACAAUUGAAAUAAUGUCGGAUUUAUGGGAAAAACGUUCUGGUGUACAAUAUAUUUAUAUUGGUUGUGAAAUUCGUUCACGUACAUUAUCAUCAUUACUUUGGUCAGUUUUUCCACGAAUACAAGUACAUCUACGUCGUUUAAUUAUGUCAAAUGAAUUUGUUCAACAUGGUGGUGGUGAUGAUGUUGAAUUAUUUCAAUGGACUGAAGGUUCAAAAUUAGUUGUUGGAAUGAUUGAAUUAUUAUUAACAAAAAAUAUACCAACACAUAUAGAAUUAAAAGCACGAGGACAAACACAAAAUCGUGAAAAAAUUUUUUAUUUAUUUCAUGAUAUUCUUUCACUUAUUGAACAUGUUUUUAAUCAAAUGUGUCCAAUGUUACAAAUUGAACAUCAUUAUAUAUCAACAAAACAUCUUCAUUUAAAUCAAAUAUCAACAGUAAAUACAUUGCAUUUACCAACAUCAACAACAAAACGACGUUAUUUAGCAUCUAUUACAUCAUUACCAAGUAUUGACCGAGAUUCAUCUCUUUUAACUCCUGGUUCACCUUGUUCAACAUCUUCAAUACCAUUUGCAUUUAUUGAACCAAAAGUAAAUACUUCACCAUAUUAUCGAACAUAUUCACCAAAAUUAAUUGUUCAAACAUUAAUGCAACAAUAUGAAACAAAUCAGACAUCAAUGCUCGAUGGAAAUAAUAAUAAUAAUCAUUUAACGAUAAUAAAACAACAUCAUUCAACCGAUUCAUUGAAUAGUUGUUAUUCAUUAACACCAUCUAAAGAAAUUUCUCCUAUAACAUCAAUUGAUUUUGAUGAAGAUCUUAUUGAUUUAUUAUGUUGUGGUUCAAAUGAAAUAUUUUCAAAUUUAACUAUGGGUAUUGAUUUACCAAUAUCAAUAUUUACAUUAAAAACUCGACAAUUACUUUGUCGUUUAUUUGAUAAACAAGAUAAAAUGGGUAGAGAUUGGUGUUUAUUAGCUAUAGCAUUACAACAACAACAUCUUAUACCACAACUUGAUCAAGAAGAUUUAUUUCAAUCUAAAACUGAUCAAUUAUUUGAAGAAUUAGGACGAAAAAAUUCUUCAUUAACAAUACGUUAUUUUCUUCAAAAAUUACUUGACAUUGAUCGACGUGAUGCUUUUGAAGUUGUUGCUAAUACUUGUCCAAUAUUUCAAUUUGCCAAUAAUAAUGGUGCUGCCAUACAACCAUCAUCUAAUGAACAGGAUCAGUUUGAUAGUCAUGAUAGUGGCAUACAAAAUUCGAACAAUACUAUCGCCAGUCUCAAUCGGUGA